AUGUCUGAGCAGCGGAUAUUUUUCAAGUACUCGGCUAAUGAGAUUCGAGCAGACUUGAGGCCUCAUGAUGGUAUAAAGAGGCUGAAGACUGUUGCUGAGAAGCGCAAGAAUGGACUUAGAAAGCUUAUGGCUAAUCUGAUCAUGGGUCAAUAUGCAGAGAUGGUAAAUUUGUUUCCAGAGGUAAUAAAGUUUCUGGCAAUUGAGGAUGAGCUGGAGGUGAAGCGGAUCUGUCAUUCCUUCCUGGUCACACUGGGUCCUGCGAAACCGGGCUUACUUCGCGAAGCGGUAGCUAUACUAUUGCGCGAUCUUGAGCAAAGUAAAAACGAGCAGAUCCGGCUGAUGACAUUUCGGACACUGGCAGCUCUUCGUACCCCUGAAUGCAUAGACGAGACAUUUAAGUUUAUAAGUUCUGCCCUAGUAAAGAAGUCCUCUACGAGCAUGCUGAAAGCGGUUAUUAACACGCUACCUCAGAUGGACUGUUAUGACCACGAGCGCACCCUGGGGCUACUGGAGACUCUUUACGACCUUCUGGAAGUAGCUGAAGGGCCUCCGACCGUGUUGGUCGCGACACUGAACUCUCUAAAAAAGAUCCACGAACAGAACAAAAAUAUGGCGCCGCUGUCCAUUAGCAAAACCGCAUGCUACAACCUACUACUAAUUUUGACGAGGCUCAAUGAGUGGGAUAAAGCGUUAUUGCUCGAUUGUUUGUGUAUCAGCUAUGCUCCGCAGUCACACGCAGAGGCUCAUUCUUUGAUAGAAAUGGUUGUCCCUCAACUGCAGCAUGCUAAUACCUCGGUAAUUCUGAACUGCCUGAAGCUAAUCACAUAUGCCAGCAAUUACGUAUCAUCGAUUGAGCAAAGUCUCGUAGCCAAGAUCUCCAAUUCUGUGAUUGCACUUUUGGAUAAGCCACCUGAACUCAAGUUUUUGCUGCUACGGAACGUGAUUCUGCUUUUACUCUGUCGUGGUUCAUCAUCUCUUGAGCUUGAAGCUUCAUACUUUUUCAUCGAGUAUGGGGACCAGGUCUAUAUCAAGGACACCAAACUUGAAAUCCUGUACUUACUGGCUACAGACGAUAAUCUCCCUUCUAUCUUAAAUGAGUUGAAGCAGUAUGGCACCGAUAUUGAUAUUCAAAUGUCCAAGAAAGCGAUACGUGCCAUUGGGAAUCUCGCUGUGAAAUUGGAGAAACAAGUUAAAAGCUGCGUAUCCGUACUGGUCGAGCUCUUGGAAUUUGGGGUUGACUACGUCGUGCAGGAAGUGAUAUCGGUCAUAAAAAAUGUGAUGAGGAAGACUCCUAAUGACUUUGCAUAUAUUGUACCAAAGAUACUUGAGCAUAUCGAGCAAGCGAAGGAGCCUGAGGCCAAGAGCUCUAUUUUGUGGAUUAUUACAGAAUAUAACGAAACGGUACCCGAUAGCGAAGCAUUAUUGGAAGAGUUUGCAUGCUCUUUUAAAUCUGAGCCGCUGGAAGUUCAGUAUAUGACCCUCAACUGCAUUGUGAAACACUUCGUGAGAAAUCCAUCAAAGGAAUCCGAAAAGUUAUGUAUACAGGUUCUUAAGUGUGCUACGAAUGAAAUUGAUGACCCCGAUUUACGAGAUCGAGCGUUUAUCUAUUGGAAGAUUUUGACAGCAGCGCAUCAGGGAGACGGGGCCUUGUUAACAAAUGAGGAUAUUAAAGAAAUUGUAGAUGGUGAGCUUCCACUUAUUGUCUUAAAUAACAAGUUGGAGGAACAGGUAAUCGAGGAAUUAGAAUUGGGUAUAGGGACGAUUGCUUCUAUAUACCUAAAGCCAGCUUCUCAGGUAUUCCGUAAGUGCCAGCCAAAGACUCUUCCAAAUAGGUCGGCCUUGAAUCCAGAUCGUUUUCAUGUUAAAAUAGUCAACGAGAACACCGAUCCCGGUAAACUGCAACCUCCUGUCCGCAAACCAUUAUCGCAUAGAUCUAGCACGGGUGCACUUGGUCGGAUGGAUGAUUACAGCACGCCCGCCGAAAAGGUAAACACUUUGCGCAAGCGUAGUUCAACUAUGCUAUUGACGAGUAGCAAACUUACGCGGAAGCCAACAGAGCUUGCAAAGCGGUUUUCCAUUAAAAAGCCAUUUUGA